CGCUACGGUUUGCGUUGGACGCAUGCGUCACCAAACCGCUUGUCGGCUUGAUACGUAGCCAGUCUACAUUUUACAUUCUACAUGCAUAGGUCAACAAUAACAAUACUUUUAAUGCACCUAAAAUGGCUGGAAAGUACUUUUUCAGUGCUAAAGAAGACGAAAAAUUGGUAGAGUGUGUGGCCGCCUUUCGUACUUUGUAUGAUAGCGACGAUAGGGAUUACAAGGAUCGUAAUACGCGUGAAAGUUGUUGGGACCAAAUAUCUGGUAGUGUAGAAAGACCUACUGAAGAAUGCAAGAAGAGGUGGCGUAAUAUAAAAGACACAUAUUUCAAAUUAAAACGAAAUAAAACGAAAAACGGUGCACGCUCGAAAUCUAGAUGGCCUUUGUUAGAACAACUAACCUUUUUGGACAAAAUCCCAUCCAAACGACGACCUCAACCUUCCGAAGAUAGAACCAAUUAUGAAGAAAUCAACGAGUCAAAUGACGGAAACAUUUCAUCGCCCGAAAACUCAAUGGAUUGUUCUGAUCCCCUUCGGCCGACAUCAAAACGAACUUCCUCAUUCUCAUCAACCGUGUCACCAAAAAAACUCCGAGAAGGAAGUACACACAGUACAAACAUGUUCGAAGUAAUAGAACCGGAAUCUGAAAUAUCCGAAGCUGAUAAUGUACAGAAUUUACAUUGGAGAAAUGACGACGAUGAUCCUGUGUUAUUAUUUUUUAAAAGUAUGGCUAUGACGGUAAAGACGUUCGAACCGCAAGUGAUUCCCGAAGUGAAAUCUAGGAUUUUUAAUAUAAUUAAUGAGUUUGAAGUUAAAGCUAUUCAAAAAAAGUAUGGCUCUUCUAUGCAAAUAGAAGUCAUUAGGGAAAUCUCAAAUCCAGAUGAGGUUGUUGUUGGCGAGACAUCUCUAAAUAUAGAAGACAAAUACUCUCACACUUCUUCAUUCCAUCAUUCUAAUAUCCGUUGAUAUAGUUAUUUUUAAUUUUAUUUGCAGACAUACUUUUUCAUAAAUACAUACUUUUUCAUAAAUACAAAUUCGUUUAAUAUAUAAUAGGUAUAGAAAAAAGUUUUAAUUUUGGGAGCGAUUGGAGAUACAUUUAUUAAAAAAGCUCAAACUAAAAAUGUUUUUGCACUUUUGCAAUUUUAACUUCAUGACGUCAUGCUCCAGAAAUUUCCAUAUCAAAUCCCCCAAAUUGAUGUCACUUUUGCAAGAAACAUAUUAUGAAUAAUAUCAGUUUCCAAUUUAUUAAACGUAAUUUUGACUUUUGAAAUUUCAAUUUUUAUUUUUUAAUUUAUUAAA